ACGCAAUUCGAUAGCCUUUUUUCUGGCCAUUUUCGCACUUCAUAUGUUCAUGAGAUCAUAAAAAUAUAUGAAGGUGAUUAUGAACGUGAGGGAAAAAUGGAGGUUAUGCAAGAAAUGAUGGAAAGGCUAAGAUCAAUUGUGGGUCCAGAGAGUUGGGAUUACUGUGUGCUUUGGAAACCAAGUAAAGAUCAAAGGGAGAUUGAAUGGGUAGAUUGCUGUUGUUCUGGGGGCUCAAGGCAGCAUGGAAAUGGUGGAGAUAAUGAUCAUCAUCAAGAAGAUCAGCAAGUAUUGUUUCAAUGCAAGGAUGUGGUUUUUCAUCACCCAACUACUAAUGCUUGCCAUCUUCUUUCUCUUUUACCCUCUUCCAUGCCUUUUGACUCUGGAAUAUAUGGACAGACCAUGAUAUCUAACCAACCAAGAUGGAUAAACUUUUCCAAUAGCUCCAAUUCAGAUUUUUCAGAGGAAAAUCUUGGGACCAAAGCUUUGAUCCCUGUUCCAAUUGGUCUUGUGGAACUCUUUGUAUCUAAACAAAUAUCUGAAGAUCAAAGCAUUGUGGAUUUUGUGACCACGGCGUUUAACAUGUCAUUAGAACAACUGCCGAUGAUGAACGCAAACAAUAAUGUGGAGUCGAGUUUCUCAGUGAACAUGGACAACUUAGAUGAUGGAGAAUCAAAAGAUUACAUAGCUCAAGUACUUGAUGAUGAAAAAGAUCCAACUAACCAUUUCCAACCACCGAUUUCUCCUGCAACCAUGCUAGAAAAUCUGAACCUCUCGCCCCACAAUAUGUCUGAUAACCAUUUGCAUCCGAUGAACUUUUUACAACAGUUUAACUAUGGUGAAAAUAGAAACACCAAGAACAUGUUCUUGGAAAGCACGAGUGAGCCUAUGCCCAUGAUGAUGAAUCAUGAUGAUCCAUUUGAUCCCAAUUCUGAGGAGAAUGUUGGAUUUGAUCAUGAAAUUGAUAUGGCGUUGCAAGGGCAGAUGAUGGGCGAAAAGGGGCAUCUCAUGGAGCAGUUAGAGAACGCUCCAAAGAAGCAAGGGAAUGAGAUAAACCGUUCAGACUCUGUAUCCGAUUGUAGUGAUCAAAAUGAUGAUGAAGAUGAUCCUAAAUGUAGAAGGAGAAAUGGAAAACCACAAUCUAAGAACCUAAUGGCAGAGCGUAAAAGAAGAAAGAAGCUCAAUGAUCGGCUCUACACUCUUCGUUCUUUAGUGCCAAAAAUCACCAAGUUGGAUAGGGCGUCGAUUCUCAAGGAUGCCAUUGAGUAUGUGAUGGAGCUGAAAAGGCAAGUGGAAGAUCUCCAAAAUGAGCUAGAAGAGAACUCGGAUGACGAGGGUACAACAAACAACCAAAGCACCAUAGUUGAACAAGAAGUGAUGCACGGAAAUGGGAGCAAUGCUAAGCGUAGAUAUAACCACAGCCAUGGGAUGUUCAUGAACGGGCCUCAGUUAGAAGCAUAUUCGGGUGUCGGUAACAUUGAAGUCUCUAAACAUAACCAAGACACUGAAGGUGCUAAUGAAAAAGGCCAGCAAAUGGAGCCACAAGUUGAAGUGUCGCCGUUAAAUGGAAAUGAAUUCUUCGUGAAAGUAUUCUGCGAGCACAAACCAGGAGGAUUCGUGAGGUUAAUGGAGGCAUUCAACGCUCUAGGCCUUGAAGUGACAAAUGUCAAUGUUACUAGCUUCAGAUGUUUGGUUUUGAAUGUCUUUAAAGUUGAGAGGAAAGAUAGCGAAAUGGUGCAAGCUGACCAUCUUAGGGAGUCGCUGCUUGAGAUAACACGAAAUCCAUCAAAGGGGUGGCCGGAAUCAUCUACGAAGGCAUCAGAGAAUGGGCAUGGCAUGCUGGAUCACCACCACCACAACCAUAACCACCGUCACAAUCAUAACCACAAUCACCACAACAACCACCAUUCUCACCUCCAUAACCAGCAGCCGAACCCUCAGUACAACUACAAUGCUAUUUAUCAGGUCCUUAAUUAAGCACAAGUGUUUGUGUUUUUAGCUUCUAAGUUUUUAGCAUAAUAUAAAAGAAAUGAUAUGAUGU